AUGACAUAUAUAGGAGCUAAUGCAUUUGCCUCUUGUACUAAUCUUGAAACAAUUUCAUUUGCUACUGGAUCAAUCAUUGAAACAAUAGGAGGUGGUAUCUUUAAAGAUUGUAUAUCAUUAGUGAAUGUUACAAUUCCAUCCUCUGUUUCUAAUUUUGACCCUUCGACUUUUAAUGGAUGCAAAAAUCUUGUAAAUAUUACUGUUUCUGAAGAAAAUAGUAAUUAUACAAGUUAUGAAGGCAUUGUUUACGUGAAAAGCAAGACAAAAUUAGUUUGUUGUCCUGGAGGAAAAGUUUCUGCAAAUAUUAAUAACAAUAUUAUUGUUAUUGGGUCAAAUGCUUUCUAUGGCUGUUCAAAACUUGAGAAUCUUACAUUUGAAAUUGGCUGCCAACUUGAAGAAAUUCAAGAAGGAACGUUUUAUUCUUGCACUGCAUUGAAAAGAGUUGAUCUUCCAACAUCACUACAAACUGUGCAACAAAAUGCUUUUGCUGGUUGUACACUCUUAGCUAUUAUUACGUUCCCUGAUUAUUCGAUGUGUAAUCUUGAUGCUGAAUCAGUUUUCUCUGAUUGUUCCAAUCUAGAAACAAUAACAUUCGGACAAUUUUGUGCUUUAACUGUUUUUGGAAAGAAUAUCUUUAGUAAUUGUGUGAAAUUGAGUUCAAUAAAUAUCCCUGCAAACUGCACAACAAUAAAAGAAGGUGCAUUCCUUAAUUGUCAAAAUCUUUCAAAUAUAAUAUUUGAAAGUGGUUCACACAUCACGACAAUAGAGAAUAAUGUUUUUUCUGGUUGUUCUUCACUAACAGAAUUCACUCUUCCUGAUUCAAUAACUGAUAUUACUUCUUCAUGUUUUGGAAAUUCUACAUAUAUAAAAAUAGUUAAUGUACCUGCAAAUUGUGCAAUUUCUAAAAUAGGAUCAAAUGCAUUUAGUUCUUUUCCUUUAGAAACAAUUAAUUUUGGAUCUGGAACGACGGUUUCUCUUCUUGAAGAUUCUGCAUUUCUGAAUAAAAAUAUUGUAACAUUUAAAAUGAAUUCGCCUUUAAUUAUUUCAAGUAAUGCUUUUAAAGGCUGUAAGAAAUUAACAACUAUUUCAAUUGAUGGAGUUACAUCUAUUGGAAACUUUGCAUUUUCUGGGUGUACUUCAUUAAGAUCAUUUUCUGUUCCUCAAAAAUGCAAAUCUUUAGGAGAUAAUUGUUUCCAAGGUUGUUCUUUAAUAACCUCAAUUACUUUUGUUUCGACACCAACAAUCAUAACAAUAAGGAGCAAUUGUAUGGCUGGAUUAACAAUAGCAUCAAUAACGAUACCACAGAGUGUAACAACAAUAGGAAAUGGUUGUUUCUCAGGUUGCACUAUUUUAUCAUCGAUUAUUUUCGAAGCAAAUUCUAAUUUGGCAUCAAUUGGUUCGAACUGUUUUUCAGGCUGUACUUCAUUGAUGAGUUUCACUACUCCAGAUUCAUUUACUGUAAUUAGUGCUUCAACAUUUGGAUCAGCCCCAAGUAUUACUGAUGUGUUUAUUCCUGCAGGGUUGACAAUUACGAAAAUUUCUAAUGGAGCUUUCGAAUCAUUUCCACUCAAAUCAAUAACAUUUGGAAGUGGAACAAUUGUUAAUUAUCUCGAGGAUUCCGCCUUCGAAAACAAAAAACUUGAAUCAUUUACACUUGAUUGUCCUGUAAUUGUUGGUUCAAAUGUUUUUAAAGGAUGUACAAAUCUGAAGACAGUUAGUAUUCCUCAUAUUACAUCUUCAAUAAAUGUUCUAAAUUCAAAAAGAUUAUCAUUAUCAGCAGAAAGCUUGUAUACUAUUCCUAUUGGAUUAUUUGAUGGCUGUUCUUCUUUGACAAAUAUUGAUAUUAAUACGAACAUUGUUAAUAUCUCUGAUUAUGCAUUUAAUGAUUGUAAAUUGCUGAACUUUAGAAUUCCUGAAACAACACAAUAUAUAGGAGAUUACUCUUUCUAUAAUUGCAAGCAAAUAUCAUAUAUUCCUAAUAGUGUUGUUCAUCUUGGAAACAGUUCCUUUUCUGGAACAAAUAUAGGUAGAACACUUAUUGUUAGUAGCUUGAUAAAUUAUAUCGGAAAAUCGUGUUUUUCGAACACCUUAGUAAGAAAAAUUUAUUAUUGCAGUAAUUUUGAUUUUUCUGGUUUCGCUCUCGCUUUUGAACCAGAUGCGAGAGCAUUUGUAACAUUCCAAUAUCCUGAAAACACAUUUUGUGGAAUUCUUGCAAGACAUUUGCCAGGAACUACUUGUAAGGAUAUAAUGGAAACCAAUCUGGAUGGUUAUAGAAAUGAACUUGGUUUAACAAAUGGUGGAAGGUAUGUAUAUGCUGUAUUCCUUGCAGGAAUCGAAUAA